UUGCGGGGAUUGCAGAGGGGCGGCGGGGAGGAAGAACAAGGGGGGCGGGCGGCGGCAGAGCAGCGCCGUGCAGUGCAGUGCAGUGGCAGGCAUUCCUCAUCGAUGUCCAGCAGCCUUGCGCCGGCCUUGGUUUCUCUCCUCUCCACUCCUCCACUGCGGUUGGUCGCCGCGCCGCAAUCCAUUGCAACCCGUCGCAGCUCUCGCCACGGCGGCUUCAGCGGCAGCGCUCCUAGCCCCACCGCUGACGCCUCCCCCUCGACUUUCAGAUGUCUUUUGAUAUCAUAGAAAAGGAUUGCCCCUUUCUCUGGUGUGGAUGCUACAGACGCUUCUGGCACCCCACAAUAUUUCGACAUUGGACUUAAUACCGCCAAUCUUUGUUGUACUGGACAUUCCAGCUUUCACUACGUUGCUGCUUCAACCAGAGCUUUUCCUUCUUUAUUUCCAAUUUUGCAUCUUAUUAUUAUCUAUCUUACUACUAAAAGAGAACUGCACUAUUCUCCCUAUGGCAAAGACAUCGCUUCCUCCUGGAUUUCGGUUUCAUCCAACUGAUGUAGAACUCACCGUCUACUAUUUAAAGAGGAAGUUGUUGGGAAAACACUUACGCUGCAAUGCUAUUACAGAGAUUGAUCUAUACAAGUUUGCCCCUUGGGAUCUUCCAGAGAAAGCUUCCUUGGAGAGUAAUGAUCUAGUGUGGUACUUCUUUUGCCCACGUGAUAGGAAAUAUUCUAGUGGGUUAAGAACUAACCGGUCAACUGGAGUUGGAUAUUGGAAAGCUACUGGGAAGGAUAGGCCGGUGUUUUAUAAUUCUAGGACUGUUGGAAUGAAGAGAACUUUGGUGUUUCAUCUUGGCAAGCCACCACGAGGUGAUAGAACUGACUGGGUAAUGUAUGAAUAUAGGCUGGAGGAUGAGGAACUCGCUGCUUCUGGUGUUAAACUGGAUGCCUGCGUUCUAUGCAAAAUCUUUCAGAAAAGUGGUCCAGGCCCCAAGAUUGGGGCACAGUAUGGUGCUCCAUUCAACGAAGAGGACUGGAAUGAUGCCAGCAACGUGGAGUGUUCACCAUUUGCACCUUCUGUGGCCCCUCGGGCACCUGAAUCAAGUCAUGGUGGGUUGAACUCUGCUGGUCAACACCUAGCUGUGAGUUAUGAUGGGAAGGUUUCUAUGGGUCUCUUGUCAGAAAGUAACAACGAACGUGCUGUCAAUCGUGUUCAUCCUGACAGACCUUCCAAUAUUCCUAUCGAUUGCAUACAUAUAGAGCUGCUAACGGAGAUCAUCAGAUGUUCCUCAACGAAUCUUCUAUGUACUGCUGCUGAAGAUGGUUUGCUGCCAGAUUCAACUGCUGGCUAUGGUAAUGAGGAUGGAGUAUCGUUGGAUGAUACUGAAACAAUAUUUUGUGGGGUGGAUGAGGUUGCAUCUCAGCCCGUGGUUAACAACUCUAACCAUUGUGACUCAUGUGAACAUUUGAUGCACCCUAUGCCGGAAGCACGAGGAACCGAACAGUACUUGGAGCUAAACGACCUGUCCUUUUCUCUUGCUGAUGGUCCUGAUUCCUGUGGCAUGCUGUCGUCCCAUGAUAUAUCUAUUGAGCACCCAUUUGAUCUUGAGCCCAGGUCUGAGCAAGACUCUUUGGACUGCAUCUCCAAUACCGGUAAUACUUCCACAUCAACAACUGGUGGUUCAUUUCCUUCAGUGCCCGCAGUUGAUGAGCGCAGGACCUGAUCCAGAGUAUGCUCACCGUCACUUGCUUGAGGUGAGUUGUGUAGCUUGCUUUUUAGUGGAGUCUCCGGAGGAUCCACAUGACGCGGCUUCCCCUCUUUCCAGUGCUGCUGAGAACUCGGAACUUGAAGGCAGGUCCCCAGCUGACAACAUGAGUCACUUUGCACAGGAUCAUCUAGUGGUGCAGCUACUGGGUGAAUAGCCUCAUCAAUCCAGGAGCAUUCCUUUGUCAUCCCUGGUCUUGCACCGUGGCAUGGACUCCUAAUGUGAUUGUCAUCAUUUGGUUAGAGCCUAGAGUGGGGCAAUGUAGUUACAGCUGGUUUAAUGUAGCAGAAAUCUCGGAAGAGUGCGAUGUAACGUAAACAUCUGGUUUCGUUCAUGGAUUUGCUUUGCAUUGCUGGUAGCAUGACGGCAAUUUCAGCAGUCAUACUCUCAGCUGCUGGAUGAACUUUGGGACCGGAGCAAGUGCAGUGGGGUAGAAAAAUAGUAAACGGUGGAGUUUGGUUCCUUUGCUUA